AUGAAUCCUCUAAAUACUCAUCAAAAGUAUUAUGAAAGAAGCCAGCCAAUUAUGGAAGACACUCUGAACGAAGGUAGUGAUUAGGAAUAAGAUCAAGCAAAUAAUUCUUUUGCUUCUGAUAGAUAAAAGCAAAAAAAAUCAAAAAUAGGAACACAGGAUAAAUAAUAAGAAGGUGAAAUAAUAGAUGAAUAAUAAGAAAAUAUUUGCAACAUAUAUUGA